UCUAGAGAAGCAAGGAUUCCAUGGUUUUGGAAUGAAUCUCCAGCAUACUGGCACCAUAUUGCUACCACAUGGUCGAGUGAUACAGGACACUGGAAGAUAUAUCUGGAUGGUUCAUUGGUCUCCAUUAUGCAUGAUGCAGCUACAAAUAUCACCAUUCCUGCAGGAAGACAACUUUACCUCCAAUUAAAUGGAUACGAGAACAGCUCUCAAAGUAGACUCAAUAUCUGGAACUAUGAAAUUGAUGGACAUGCUUUAUCAUUGAUGGCAAACAAAGGACCAUUGUUUGAAAACGGUAAUGUCUUUGCGUGGUAUGGAAUAAAGUCGAAGGUUGAAGAAGAUAAUUCUAUAGAAUUCCAAGAAACGCCGGAUGAUCUACACAAUUCUCGAACAGAGUCUGUGUUUCAGAUGACUUUUCAUCAGGCUUCAGACGAAAACUACGCCAAAAUAGAAAACGCUUUUACCUACGAAAUAUCGGUCUUUUCCCUUUGUUUUUGGGCGAAAUUCCCGGCUACAAAUCUGGCGUCUGGCAUAUUUGCCUACUCCACUAACGAUAAUGCAGACGAAAUCACGGUGCAUUACCAUACAAGUGAAUCAGAUUUGGUCUUUCAAUUAUCGAAUUUGGUGGUAAAUAAGAGAGAGGAGGUGCUGACCCCUGAUACUUGGCAUUUCUAUUGCCUGCAGUGGAGAAGCAAGGAUGGUUUGCACGAGAUUUAUCAAGAUGGGAAAAAACUGGGGACGAGUGAUAACGGAUCGAUAGGUCACAUUAUACCUGCCAACGGUACCUUAGUUCUUGGACAGGAAAUGGAUUCUCAUGGCGGGGGUUUUGAUAGCAAACAAGCGUUUAAAGGAAGCCUCGCAGGAUUGAAUCUCUGGAGGCAAUUUUUGACAGUCAAUGUUAUUCAAGGAAUGACAUCUGGGGUCACCAAUGUUAACGGAAAUCUUCUCCAAUGGAGAGAUUUUAGAACCAAACAUUUGUUUGGUAGCGUGACUAUACGGAACGGAUCCGAAGCAGAGAUUCCAGAAUAUCGAGUACAGAAUCUGCGAGAUGAAUGGUGUGAAAAAAAGUUCAAUGAAACGGUUAUCUAUGCCAGAUUUAUCCGCGGUCAGGGAACGAAUGGCUACAAGUGGAGAUGCGUUCAGCCGGCGGCCAUGUUGGAUGAGAACAUGUGUUACAAUAUCACUAAGAAUUCAUCCUUGUACCAAACUGAGGCAAUGGAAGAAAACCUUUUGGGAAUUAAUUGAGAAUAAUCCCUAUUGAAUAUUAUUUAAUAUAUGAUUAAUUAAUGAACAUUGUCAUUGGCACUAAAAUAUUUAUCGUAUUUAUUGCGUCUAUAAUAAACUACAGCCGAAAGAAUAGGUUUAUAGUAUUUUGUAGAAAUAUGUUUAUAAGCGUUGUAGAAAUAUGCAAAUAUACAUAUAGUAUUAAUCGUAUAUAGGCGGUAAACUUUAUGUAUCAGUAUCUCAAUUCUAAUGUAUCUCAAUUCGUCAGCAUGCGAAACCUUCGUGCGACAUGAAUUGUAUAAUAAUGUAGUAGACGACACGAGGUUGGUUGAAUAAAGUCAGUUUCACUUGCUUAUACGUAUUCAAUCCAGGUUUUACAAGAUAUAGAUUUCUUUAGCCUGUAAGUGUAAUUAUCUAGCCACGGGUCAAACAUUUUCCGUAAACGAAAGAGACACUUGCAAUUGAGUACUUUUUAAAUUUGAAUUAACUUUCACUAAGGGAUACAGUCAAUAUGUCAUCAAAGCUGACACGUCAGUGAACUCCUGAUUAAUGUAGAAUCCCCUCAAAAGCAAGCCGUCAAUUUCAAUUAUUCUUGCUUCCUAUAGCGGUUCUUGUUGUAAAUUGCAAACAUUUAUUUUGUCAUAACAAUUCUUAAGAAAAGACAACAUUAAAUGGGCGGUUACGGGCCCGUUAACAUUGUGUGCUAGGCCUCUCGCGCGUGUUUCAUUCGGUGACGUCGCGGAUUUUUAAGACCAGCGCAAUGAGGCCUAGGGACUAGACUGUGGCACACGCAGUACCCGAACAACCUGGGAACGAGGAUGAUACGAACUCUAAUUAUACAACAUAUCCUCACACGUAGAAUUAGGGAUUAUCUAUUACAAUAUGGUUCCAAUUACCUAUGUCAAAAUACAAAAUAAACAUUGUGAUACCCCUAUAGGGAACGGAGAGAGCGCCAACAAGCUCGACAUAUUGUUUAGUUCUAGUUGUAACAAUUGAAUCAAUCUCAUACAAUGAACCAGAAAACAGUCCCCCUUGUUUAUUGACACGUAAACCUCCACUAUCCCCAACAAUGACUUUGACACCUGACCCCAGUGACCUAACAUACUAACGCAUCUUUAUUCGCAAUUAACUAUUCAACAAAUUACUUAUUAUGUUCCCCUUUUGCCCACACAUAUAACGACCUUACCUUUUUCUCUAGCUGGUUUAAUUCAGAUAAUUGUUACAAAUUAACCUAUAACUAUAUAAGAACUACAAUAUGGUUCCAAUUACCUAUGUCAAAAUACAAAAUGAACAUUGUGAUACCCCUAUAGGGAACGGAAAGAGCGCCAACAAGCUCGACAUAUUGUUUAGUUCUAGUUGUAACAAUUGAAUCAAUCUCAUACAAUGAACCAGAAAACAGUCCCCCUUGUUUAUUGACACGUAAACCCCCACUAUCUUCAACACAGACUUUGACACCUGAUCCCAGUGACGUAACAUACUAACGCAUUUUAUGCACAAAUGUGUAAUCCCUGACCCCUUUUGGAUCAAGCUUCUUGAACGAAUACAAGCUCUGCUGUUAAGCAUUUUUAAGCCGAUUCCUGUAAUAUUCUACUCGCUUUCACAACAACCUUAAGAUGGCUCAUCGCGUUGGUUUAUCCAAGUUCAACAACAACUUUGGUAAGACACACAGUGUAAUUUUAUUAUUUUACCUUUUACGAAUACACUUUCACGCAGGUUUGAUUCUUUAUGAUUCUCCUAUAAAUACACACCACUUUUACUCACUUCUUAUCUUCAUGUUUCUUUUACACAAAGCCAACCCUGCUCCCCGCUGACGAGUCCGCAAAAGGAUGAAACGCCGCGUACGGGGAUACUGAUUCGCACGCUUGACUGUCUUGUCUUCUGUCUUACCUUUUUACCUACUUCCUCACAUAACUUUGAUUUGAACAGCACCAACAACACUACACAACCUAUUACUAAACACAUAACGACAUAGGUUCUUCAGGAACUCCAUCAUACACAAACAAAACCCUUUUACAAAAAUUUCAUUUCAAACACACCACAUUGUUGGCGGUUGUCCAACAACAUUCCAUCAACCCCAUCUGGUUAUUUUUAUUUCUAUUUCUACACCCCUUAAUUCGCAAUUAACUAAUCAACAAAUCACUUAUUUUGUUCCCCUUUUGCCCACAUAUACAUAACGUCCUAACCUUAACGUCCUAACGCUGGUUUAAUUCAGACAAU